UUCUGUUCCGUUCUUUGGUGGCUUAAACAUCAAGCUUCUCCUACACCACAAGAACGUCAACACAAAAACAACAACAAACCAAUCAAAACAAAAUGACGUUGAUAAUUUCAAAUAGUUCGCACAAACCGCGCAAUCGUUCUGUCCAGAAGAAGAACAAACAGAUACAACGAAGGCGACAAUCAAUCAUUGGAAAGAAGCAAAAAAAAAAUGCAAGGGAGCGCAUUGAUGACGUACCCUGCCCAUUGCCAGAUGAUCUAUUCAAUGAAGAGACUUUUGGGGAGGCAAGUACUCUUUCCCUGACAGAUAAAGGACAGCAUAGAUUGGAUAUCUUCAAAAACAUUUGUGACGGUCAAGGACGGGAACAGAAAGGAGGAAACUUUCAACAACGCGCUAAACAUUCUCACAGUAGUGCUUCAACUCAAACUAUUCAAUCAUCUCCAAGUUCUGCUAUUCAAUAUAGUGGUAGCAGCAGCAGUAAAUCCUCGCAAGAUACAAAUCACAUUAGACGCGAAGUUCAUGUUGCUUUGAUGAAGCGAGUAAAGCCGAAUGGAGUUUGUUCUAAUCCAGAGUUGGUCCGAGUGAAUUCUGAUGUCCUGCUGGAAGGAUCAGAUUUGGAUUCAUCUUAUGUGUCGUUCUCUGUUUCAAUGCAGAGUAAUGAUGAUGGUUCCGACUGUUGUUCACACAUUUGGGAUGGAUUGGUCAAAUUGACAGCUUUGUUGAUUAGGCUUGGAAAUUAUGCUGCAGAACAUGAGGUGUUAGCCUAUCCAUUAGCAGCAAUUGCCUUCUACAUUUGUUUGGGUCUUUUACAGCCAAUGAUUGCUUCUCUAAUUGCUGCUUUGACUGGAUGGAUUUGGCCGCCUCUGCACUUUUUCCUUGUCUCAACAGCUGGAUUUGUUUGGCGUGUGGCAGAUUGGUUAAAUUCGAUGGAUCAACUCGGAAGGUGUUUUUUUGUUAGACGGACCUCGUUAUAA